AAUCCAUCACUCAACAUUAACUCAAGAAUAUAGUCACUUCGCUUCAAACAUUCAACGAUGAUUUCCUCGGUUCUCGAUUUUAUCAGCUAUUUGCUCGGCUUGAUUUCAUUGGAUUGAUUGUGUGACAACAACAACAGUAUCGAGGACGACGUAAGUAGACCGAUACAACCGGAACAUUGCGAGCAGAAGCAUCACGUCACGCAACUCGACGAGGUUGCUGCCAAGGUCGUCAUAUGCAUCGCUACCACCACCAUCACCCUCGUUGGAACGAUGGGGGUAAAUCGUGGCGGACCUUCCCAGUGACCGUCCACUGGUCAUCGUUUCGCGAGGUCAGUCCUGUCGCUUGCAGGAUGCGAGGGUGAUCCAAAAAGUCUUGGUGGCGGGUUGAUGGCCGAGAGUGGCAGGUCGUGGCUUGCAAACUGCAGAGCCUGGCCAUCACGAGGAUGCCACGUCCUGGUGAGAGGAACUCCUACUUGAACCUGUGGCGCGAGUUUCUCGUCUUCAACACAGCCACCAAGAAGCUCGGUUUGAAUCGUCGUCCGGGGAAACCUGGCGGGAUGAAUGUCUCCACGGUGUUUCCUGAAGGGUACGUGGAAAAUGACCGAAUACAGCGUCAUGCACCAUCGGUACCUAAGGAAGGAGAGCAAGGAUUUAAUUUUGAACGAUAUCAGCGUAUUAAGGAGUUUGUCGGCUUUGAAGAGGUCACCAAGCUCGACUUCCUGGUGAUGCUGUUCGCCGAGAUUCUGGGCACGUUCCUGUUGGUCCUCAUAGGCUGUGCCUCUUGCGUUACGUGGAUAGAAAAUACGCCGCCGACUGUUGUGCAUAUUGCAUUCACCUUUGGCCUCGCUGUGGCAAGUUUGGCUCAGGUUUUAGGUCCAAUUUCUGGAUGUCACGUGAAUCCAGCUGUGUCACUUGGUCUAAUGGUCAGCGGAAAUUGCAGUUUUCUUAAAACUGUUAGUUAUAUAAUCUGUCAAUGUUGCGGCGCUAUCGCGGGUUCUGCCGUUCUCAAGCUGAUAAUACCCAAGACACCAGCUGCUGGCGGUCUCGGCGCUACCAUGCUGGGUCACGGCGUGUCGGUAAGCCAGGGUGUCCUAAUGGAGAUCAUCAUCACGUUCCUGCUGGUGCUGGUGGUACACGCGGUGACGGAUGCUAAGAGGUCCGACACGAGGGGUUGGGCCCCGGUGGCGAUCGGUCUGGCGAUCGUGGCAUCUCAUAUGGCGGCGGUCCCCAUCACCGGCAGCAGCAUGAAUCCUGCCAGGACUCUGGGCCCAGCCGUGGUGGAGGAUAUGUAUCAGGACGUAUGGAUUUACUGGGUGGGUCCGCUCAUCGGAGGUUGCUUGGCCGGGGGCAUCUACAGGAUGGGCUUAAGGGCUAAUAGGGAGGACGACGAGGGUUCAUACGACUUUUGAAAAGCCUCCUCGGGAUCCUAAAAUGUGAGACGGAUCCUAACAAUAAUUCCGCGAAGAACUAGAUCGGAAGUUUCCCAGGUGUAAAUAAGGAAAUAAAAAUGCAGAUUUUUUUAUUAUCCUUGUUCGUGGCAUAUGACAAAAUUGUUUGUAAAAAAAUAGGAUUUUACAGGGAAUAUAUAUAUAUAUUUGUAAAAUAUUGGACCCACUGUAGAUCAGAGAGUUCAAAAAAUUGAAGAAAGUAUUGGACCCACUGUAGAUCAGAGAGUUCAAAAACUGGGAACUAUUUGAAUUAAAAUUGCUCCAUAAUAUGUAAAUGUAUACUCAACAUGCACACACCCAUAACAUAUAUACAAGUACAUAUUA